UUAUUUUGCUGUGUGCUAAGCUCCAGAAGGAAGAUUUCCAGGGUUGCAAAGUAAAACUUUGCAAGAUUAUUCUUAGACCCUGGGAUGCUUUCUUAUUAUUUGUCACAUGUCCUGUCCCUGAUGCCCACUGGAGCUGGGGGAUAGGGAAUGGUCAACAGGGGCAGAUCUACAGAUUCACCAGAAGUUUGAAUAAAUGGUAAAAUCUCUCCUUUUUCAUACACACCAAAUGAUCUGAUGAGUGCAUGACUUUUUUUUUCACAGGAGUUUUUGAAUCUAUCCAUUCAUUACCAGGUUAUACAAUAGAAGGUGAGGCUUUUGUUGUGGAGUGUGCCCUCUCUUCUGUGACUUGUCAUCAUGAUGACAAAGACAUCUCUACAGACAAAGAAGCACGAAUACAUUCUUCUGAUAAUCAGCUUUGGUUUCUGCCAGCUUUGCGUGAAGACUCUGGAAAUUAUACCUGUGUUGACUCUGAGGAUGCUUCUACUGAGAUUAUAUCUGUGACAGUAUAUCCACGUAAAGAAGGCAUUUGUUAUUAUGAGAAUGCUCUGUAUCAAGAAAAUGUGGGAAGUCCUGGAUCUGGAAUAAUUUAUUGCCCUUCUUUUGAUAACUAUGAGAACAUAUCUAACCUCAAAUGGUACAAGAGGUACACAUCAUUUGAAAAACUUCUAUGGAGACCAUUAAAAGUUUUGUAUCCAAAAGACAACGAGGUUAUAGAAGUCAAGAUUGGUUCAUCUCAGAACCUUUCCUGCAAGGCGUUGGUGGGUGAGGGAGCAGACACACAGGCCACCAGCUUUUGGGAAUGUACUGGUGAAAAAGAUCCUGAGCGUUUUGUUCGUUUCCAUCGAACGUAUAUGGAAUCCUACAAAAAGCAGGUUACAGAGGCCAUAUUACAAAUCAGUAAAGUGCGGGAAGAGGACCUUGGCUUAAAUUUCACAUGUUUCAUGGCCAAUGACAUGGGGUACAAAAGAGUCAGUGUUACUUUGCGUAAAGCCCCAUCUACAGAUGGAAAAAUAUAUGAUGCAUAUGUUAUCUAUCCCACAAAUCAUGUCAAUGGCAUAUUCGAAAAUAAUUUUGUGAGCUCUUUUGUUCAUCAGAUUCUACCAGAGGUUCUAGAAAACAAAUGUGGAUAUAAAUUGUGUAUUUACGGGAGAGAUGUGUUGCCUGGAGAAGAUGCUAUUAAUGCAAUUGAAAGGAGAAUACAAAAGAGCAGGAGACUGAUAAUCCUCCUUACAGAAUGCCUGGCCAAGAGUGAAUGUUUUAUGUACGAGCACCAGAUUGCAUUUUACAAUGCUCUAAUCCAAAAUGAUGUGAAAGUCAUUCUAUUGGAAAUGGAGAGAAUUGGAGAAUAUGCCCAGCUUCAGGAGUCUCUCAGACAUCUCAUUCAUCAGCGAGGAACUAUAAAAUGGAAAGCAAACUACAUGGCUCAUCCAACUUCAACAAGCUUUGCAUUCUGGAAACAUGUGGAAUAUCAAAUGCCACCAAGGCGCAAGCCUACUACAAUGAGCUCUGCAUAUAUUAAUUUGUAAAAAGCACUGUGUGUUCUUUUUUGUCUGAAAGAAUUGUGUUCUCUUCCUCCCAGAUACCAUUUGAACAAAAGCUGUGACCUGAUGGGCUCUUCUAGACAAGGCAAAUGCAAAAGCAAGUAGAAUGUCCCACUUUCUUUUUAAAAAGAGAUCCAAAUAAGGAUUUGACAAACAUGGGGCAUUUCCUCUUCUUUCCCACUCUAUUCUGAAAUAUUUUGUUGCAACCCAAUAGGCCAGCUUUUUUUUUACCAAACACAUUAACGAGUCAUCACACAAAUAAUGACAGCUGAAUUAGGUGUGUAAAUUUUUCACAGCUCCCUAUUUUUGGGACUCCCCCCCCCAUCCUAUAUUUCUUCUUUCCUCUUACCAUGCCUUUUAAAAUGUUUUUUAAAUGUCUCUCCAGAGCCUGAAAGGAUUCUUAUCUUCAGAGAGAUCAAGUUGGCUAUACCAGGAAUGGACAAGUGCUGAGGGCUAUGGGACCCAUAUUAUCCGCUUUGAAGUUUGAGAUCUCACUUGGUCCCAGAAAAAAUAAAUAAAUCAAAAUUUCUUUUUGCCCUCAGAUGGCCUCUAAGGGAUAUCCCUUUGCCAAGCCAUUUUAAGUUCAGGUACAGAAAGGGAGCCUAUGCAGAAGUCAAUUUAGAUUGAAGCUACAAGUUUAGGAAGGUGGGGGAGGAAGAAAAUAUUCGCAACUGUUCUUCACUUAAAGUCAUCGUGGUUGACUAGUGUAAUGUAUUCCUAUAGGGGUUGACCUUUCCAAGUAGAGUAACCCACUCCUUUUGUGCUGGGUUGCUACUGAUUUAAAAAAUAAAAUAAAACUCUACAGUGCCUAAGUGGUAAAUUGUAAUGGUUGUAGUCCUAUGUUUAUUUCCUUGGGAAAUAAAGAUUACAUUACCAUACAUAUGCGCUCACUCUGUGUGAAAUGAGGCACUGGAGUAGAGGGGAAGGGAGUUAAUCUUGCCCUGAGGAUACAAACAUAGCAAUAACAGAUUGCUCCCAGGUGGAAGCUAAGUUGGCUCCCUCUCUGUUUCCUUUCUGCUGGCAGGUGAAGAUCUUUCUAUUCUACCCUGGCCUUUCAAUGUUAACUGUCUCUUGCAGAUGGUCUUUUAAUUGGGAUGAGUUGUACUUGAUUUUUAAAAUCAUUAUUAUAUUUUAACUGCCUUUUGAAAACUGUUUUAAAUGAAUGUUUUCGAUAUAAUUGUUGAAUUACCAUUUAAUUUUUUUGGUAUUUUUUUUUUGAAUUUCGGAUUGUUGGCCAAGCUGGCUUGGGCUUCAAAACAUCUGGAGGGCUAAAAUUUGGGAACCACUCUCUUAGAUUGUUCCUCCAAUUUUGACACCUCCUUCCUCUGAAUAAAAUCCUGCUUGACAUAUAUUUUUGCAUACAAGUUAAACAGAGUAAUAAAAUGCAUUCUUGCCUGGUCUCCUUGCCAAUUAGAAUUCAUUUUGUUUCUCUGUAUUCUGUCCUAAGAGUAGGCCCUUGUCCUGAGUACAGCUUGUGCAUCAGGAUAAUCAAAUACUGAGGCAACUCAUUUCUUUUAAGAGUGAUCCAUAGCUUUUUGUGAUCUAUACCAGUGGUUCUCCCCCCCCCUUUUUUUUAAGUUUUUCAAACAAUGUAUAACAAUAAGUUUAACAAAGGGAACACAAAAUAACAAAACAUGAAUGUGAUUUUGUUAGCAAACAGUACACAUAUUAAUGAA